AUGAGGAACGAAAAACAGGAGAAAAGGUGGGAAGAUAGGAUAGAGGAGUUGAAAAAGACAACGGAGGAGUUGGAGAAAGAAUGGAGUAAAAAGUUAAGUGACUCAAGGGGAAAGGCAAUGAACAAAUUUGU